AUGAUGGUUUCGUGCACAGGAACCCUGCUUCAAGCACUGUUGUUACUCCGGGCGGGUGCUGCCUAUGCCCAGGAGGAUUUUGCGGCGCGCAAUCUACGGACCAUCCAGGCAAUCUACAAUCUGACGAUAUACCCUAAGAAUGCACCAAUAAUAGCACAGGGUGGCUCUGCUGUACCGCCAGGUCUCUUCAACCCGGAAGCCACGGGCAGGAUUACGCCGCUGGGCAACUUUACCGGUUUCGAGGACAGCAUCGAGUAUUUCUUUGGACUUGCUCCUACACCGCAGACAAACGCUGCAGACCUCGGUCUGUAUGAGGCUGAAAUCGCCGCUUUUUCCAGCGGCUGCCCCGAGGUCGCGGCAAGCGUGGUGUACCUGAAAGGAGGCGCUGUAAACAAUGUUACUGGCGGGCUGCUUCCAGGCUCGCCAACAACCACGCUGAAGCAAAUUGCCUUUUGGAAAUUCGACGCCGAGGGGCUCGUUCAGCAAUACGACGCCUGGAUCCCGAACCUGCAGCUCUGGACGCGCGUCGCCAACGGCAUCGACUACGAGAAUAGAGCAAUCCAGCAAGGCACUGUCACUCAAGCUCUCUGCCCAACCAUCCAGCGGCAGUGUUCGGGCAAAGACCAGGUCUACCAGAGCGUGGACGACUGCAUCGGCCAGCUGUCGGCGAAGCCUUUCGGUACAUUUGACGAAGUUUGGGCGGACAAUGUGGUGUGCCGAAUCAUUCACGUACUUCUCACGGCUAUCAGGCCGGAUGUUCACUGCGCUCACGUAGGCCCCACUGGCGGUGGAAAGUGCGUGGAUAUUGACUAUAGACUGGAUUAUUUCGACGACGAUCUUCUUUUCGGCCUUCCGGAGCCGUUCAUUUGCCCGCAGAUAGUGGAAGAUACUCUGAGCACUCUCGGAGCGGGUUAUUGA